UCAAUUUUGACAUUUAACACGACGUAACAAGUAGGUACUUUUGUACUCUAAUUUACAUUUAAUUAGUAAUAAUUACAACUUUACCAUUCGUAAGUAAAGAACAAGAAGAUUUAGCAGACAGUAUGCCUCUGCAUAAACUAAACUGAUACUACUUUCACCAUAAAACAUCAACUGUGAAAUGAAAUUCAUUCCUGUUAAAUUUGUAGCUUUGGCAAGUAUAUUGUACAGUAGUACAGUGUAAGGAAAGGUGGGGAGGCAGUGGUCUACAGGGCAUAGGAACGGCAGCAGAAUCUACAAUGUGUAGUUACGAUUCUCUACCUGUGGUGCUCGUGAGCGCUGCGGACACCGCCGCCGCUGACUCACUUAUCGCCGAAAUAAUUGACAAUGAUGUGACAGAAUCUUAUUGUAAGAAUGACAGUGGAGCAGACCCAGUAUGGAGAUUAGUGAAUAAAUAUUACACAGCAGAUGUGAGGGUACAUACUCUCACAGAUCAGCAGCAAAUGCAAAUAGAUCCUGACAAAGUAGAAGCUCAUGUCAUACAUCUGACUGAGACAGAAUGUUCCACCGGUGGUAGUGCAACGGUGGCAUGUGCCGAAGGCCGGCAACAACGCGCCGGAGCUGCGGAACGCGGCGCUGAUGUCCGGCUAGUAGCUGCAUCGUGUGUCGAACCUGAUGCUGAGCUAGAGGCGUGGGCUGCCAGUCAUCACCGGGAGCUAGUCGCGCUACGGGAGGCAUCUCCCGAGACGCCAGGGCCCUUCCUCGAGCAGUACGGCGUAGAAAGACUGCGCGGUGCACUGCACGCCCACGCGUGGCGCGGAAUGGAGCGUGUGCGACCAGAUCACGGCCCUCUGCCGUCGCUUAGUCGGACAUCGUCAGAGUCAUCGGAGGGCUCUGCGGGCUCGGCGGGCACGGAGGAGGAGUCGGUGGAGCGCGCGGAGGCGUUCGUGGCGGCGCUCGGCGCGCUGGAGGCGGCGCGCGACUCGCGACACGGCGACGCCGCGCGGCUCGACCGCGCCGAGCAAGUGGUGGCCGCCUUCUGUCGCGCGCUGGGCUACGACCUGGACGCGUGCUGACCGCCUGCAGGUGCUGACGCCUCGCCCUCACCCCGCGGCGUUGCGUGCGCUCGCGUGCAACAUUAUAACUAACUAUUAUCACAGCGGAAACAGCACGUGUUCGGCGACCGGCGCGGCAUGCGCGGUCGCGCACUAUAUGUAUAUACAUGUAUAAUUACGUUAAAUCACAAGCGCAACAUUUGUAAAAAACCAUUGUCACCUAAUGAUACGAUCUCGUCACUUACAUUGAUAUGAAAAUGAGCUACGACGUCUUUAAUUUUUUUUAAUGUCAUAAUAAAUAUAAUAUAUAAACAGCCGUGUGUGUGUAUAUAACUAGAAUCUAAAUUGUUCGUUAACAUUAUAUAAACUAAGUGCACCAUCAUCGUUGUCAUACGUUUGUAGCCUCGAGACGACACGACGCUCUCGUCAGUGGUUUCCACGGCAACAGCGUCGUGUCGCGUCGGCCGCAGCGCGACACAACAUCGUAUAAACACUCGUGUGCGUCUGUACACAACGGUAAUAAUUCAGAAACAACAACAUAGCCCGGCCCUUUAGGGUCAGUGAUGACGAGUGGCGGCGGAGAAAUAUUCGAUAACAAGUGAAUAUCAGCUUUAUGCUCAUUCGAAUUAGGCUAAUAUAAAUGAUGAUAUCUAGUCAAAUGAAUCAUGCUUCGCAGACUACUACGGCAGAUGUAUUUUUCUUCAAAGUAAUUAAAAGCUUUAUACGUAAGAUAGCAUCUGAAUAAAAUUGCUGUCGAAUGAAUUCUCUUUGCCGCCAUUUGUGUCGUAGUGACCCUUAAGAACCGUCCACUUUACACACUCGGCAUCAAGCGUCACAGCGCGACGUCACCAAACCCUCUGCUUUCUUUGGUCUAAUAACAUCUCUCCUUAUUUUUUAAAUAUUCCUUCUAAUGUCAUGACAUUGGGAAUUUUACAAACAAUAGAUAUAUUAUUAACAUUGAUUGCUGGUCGGUAAAUUCGAUAUACAAUAUCUUACUACACACAACAUGAUACAACCAACCCGACAUAGGAACUACCUUAUCCACUUAUAUGUACUUUAUUGUCCAAUUAUCCACUUAUAGGAAAUAACAAUAAAUACGCGUGGGUUCAAUUAGACGUGUGCUGCGUCGCUUCUAAAGUAGCAUUGACUAAGCAGUGCGAACAAGACCUUCGGCGAGUGUGUAAAGAUCGCUAACAGAAAUAAAACUCUUUUUGUACAACCUCGUGCGCCACAACCGAAACAGUAUAAACAUCUUAAAAUGCAACAAAAUAUCUAACGUUUACAACUAAUAAUACUAGUUGCAGAGUUAUCUCGUGAAGCGCGACGACGCAGAGCUGCAGCUCGCCUGCGCACCACCCCCGCUGCGCCCGCGCAUGCCCUCGUAUCUGAAAUAUUUUAAACACAAUGUUAAAAAUCAAAAAGAAGUCUACAAUUUAAAUUAAAUACAUUAAAGAACAUUUCAGCGUUCUGAGAUAUUUUAAUCCGACUUUGGUAAAAGUGUAGGAUAGAUUGUAAUCUAAAGGCCACCGACUACUUAUUUUCUGAUAAACAAAAUGUGUGUAUAAUGAAGUGUUAGUUCUUUUAAGUUAAUAUAUGAAUACUUGUUAGUAUUCGCUACAAGUAUUGUUUCUCAGAAAACAAGGCGGCGGCCUUGGGAUUUCCAUAAGUAUGUUUAGUCAAAUUCAUUAGCAAUAGGUAUUUGCUAAAGUCUUCUAAAAUACAUUCAUGUAUGUAUAAGACCUAAAAAUGAUUUAUUUGUAAAUAAAAUUAUGUUAUUAUUUAUAAUAAAUGAAUAAAACCGA